CGAAAGAGAGGAGAGGCCGGUCCCUGGCCGGGAGCGCAGCAUGCGCGGCCGCUGCUGAUGGGCGGUGGGCACCAAGGGCUGUCCGGAGCGGCACCGCGGAGCCAUGGCCCUGCAGCCGCCGCCCCCCGCCUUCAGGGCGGCCUCGGCCUCGGCGCUGUACAUCCACAGCAUGCCCGCCUGGGUGCUGGAGGACUUCUGCCAGAAGAUGGACUGCUUGAGCGACUACGACUGGAUGCGAUUCGCCUCCUACGUGAUCACUGAUCAAACAGAGCUACGGAAAAUCAAGUGCAUGGAGAAGACAGGGAUCAGCAUCACGAGGGAGCUCAUGUGGUGGUGGGGAGUGAGGCUGGCGACAGUGCAGCAGCUCCUGGACCUGCUGCAAGGGCUGCAGCUUUACCGAGCGGCCCAGGUCAUCCUGGACUGGACAUCGGCCUCUAACAUCACCAGCCUUGAGAGAGAAGAGCCAGAGCCACCCAAACAGAUCAUAUCUAUGCUUCCCACAGAAGACAAAAGGAGAGAGAAAGAAAAUGCCAUGAGUUUGUUGCCAUCUCCAGACUCCUCACACCUGGCAGCAGUCCCAGCAGGCAUUUCAGGUGCUGUUUCUGAAGGAGCCUUGUAUUCCCUCCCUGCUCCACCACCUCCCCCAAGAGACCUUCUGAAUUCCCUACAGUCCAAUCCUCCUGUUUUAUCAAGUGUGAAGCCUUGCAGCUCUUCUACUCCUCGGCAGGAGACGAUGGCUGAUCUCCCCAGUGGGAGUCUCCUGUGGACCCAGAGCGAAAUUGCUAAUGCCACAAACAGUUUCAGUGACAAGAACAGAAUCUGUGAAGGUACUUUUGCAGACGUCUACAAAGGUCAGAGGAACAACAUGGUGUUUGUCAUCAAACGACUCAAAGAGCUGGAAUGCACAAGCCCAAAUUCCACCCAGAGGUUCUUUCAUACAGAAGUGCAGAUUUGCUUUCGGUGUUGUCACAUAAACAUUCUGCAGCUGCUGGGGUUCUCUGUGGAAACUGGAUUGCACUGUCUCAUCUAUCCAUACUUGCCCAAUGGCUCCCUGCAAAACAAGCUUCAGUGCCACGAUGAUUCUGCUCCACUGACCUGGGAGAUGCGAAUUAGCAUUUCUAUAGGAGUUGUCAGAGCAGUGGAGUAUUUGCAUAAUUUUGGAAUUCUUCAUGGGAAUAUCAAGAGCUCAAAUGUCUUGCUGGAUGAAAACUUUACACCAAAGCUUGGGCAUUCUGGCCUGCGUUUGCAUUCUUCUGAUAAAAAAUCAGAAUAUGCCAUGAUGAAAACCAAAGUCCUACAAGCUUCUCUUACUUACCUGCCAGAAGAUUUUGUCAGACAUGGGCAGUUAACAGAAAAAGUGGAUAUAUUCAGCUGUGGUGUGGUCUUAGCAGAGAUACUGACAGGCAUUAAGGCACUGGAUGAAGACAGACACCCAAUUUACCUGAAAGAUAUGAUUGCUGAUGAAAUUCAAACAGCAAAAGAAAGCUCACACUCCAAAGUAAAAAAUUUGGAAAAACUGGCUGCCAAGGAAAUCUGCUGCAAAUACCUAGACAGAAAAGCAGGGCACUUGCUGGAAGAGGUGGCUGUUGAUUUUGCAUCAGCCAUCUGCCUUUGCCUGAAAAAGAAGAAUUUGAACAUAGCAGAGGUACUUGAAAUUAUGGAAAUGGCUGAAAACAAAUUAAAAGAGCAUUACAUCUGUGGAAGCAGCCCUUCUGGAUUCUCCAUGAACACUCCAGAAGAAACUGAUGAUGAGACAGCCAGUCUGAGCGUGGAUGUGCCCUCUGCAGUGGGCAAUAAAGAGGAGAGCACGCCGGCAGCAGUCCUGAGCAGUGGCAGCCCCUGCGUGCCUUUCGUGGCAGCUCCCGACACGUGUGCUGCCAUCUACAUGUCACGGAUCCCUUGUGAGUCAGAUGAGUCCAGCAGUUUCACGUGGAACCUUCCAGAAAAACCCACGGAGGAGUUAGCUAGCCACAGCUGUAUCAAUUCAGAGAAGGUGCCAGCCUGUGAUGACGGGAUCAAGCAGGGAAAGCCUGCCCAAGGACUGCAGGAGAGAAGCCUGGCCUGUGCCAGAGGCGAGAGCAUCGUGGAGUCAGCAGCUGCUGCUGCACAGGCCACCUGUCCACAGGAAAACACAGACCUGGACUCCUCGUGUGCUCCACAAGCCAUAGCCAGAGAGACAUCUUGGAAAAUACAGAUAAAUGAUCAAAAAAAGAAGCUCAUGGAAAAUAUUUUGCUGUAUGAAGAAGACAAGUUAAACAGUUCUGAACUUUUUGAAUCAUAAAUUGGAUGGAUUUAUUAGCAGUGGCCAGCUCAGAAGAAAAACUAAGUACUGUCUCCUCAUUAGAAAGAUUGUACCUUUCACAUAAGAUUAGGUAGCAGAUUUGGAUCAGGAACAUUAGCCCUGACUGAAGGAAACGAGAAGUACCACAUGGAGAAGCAGUAGAAAAUACCUGUUGUGUAGCAGAUUAAAGCACAGUCCCACUCUGUACACAGAAAUGCCUUCUGCCUUUUCAUC